GUGUAAACGUGCACUGAUGAAUGGGAACUUCCAUUAUGUGCAGGUCGUCAAAAGCUUUCAAGUACAUCACAUAUAAGUUAUAACACUAAGAAAGGACACAUUUAGAAGACAUUCAUGCGUCGUAUAUUUAUCGCGUGCACACCGUCAAAAGCCUUUGAGCUCAGAAUACUAGAAUAAUACGCAUAAUUCAGUACAGACUGAUUUACAUUUGAAGGUGGAUGUAAAGAGCAAAGAUUGUUGAAAUGGCUGUCGUGAUCACCAACGUAUUGAUUUUCUGCGCGGUCUUCGUCGCCGCUCUUGGAACGGAGAAGUACCACGUGGCGCUCCCAACCCCCGUUCCAGCUGACUGCCUGAGGUGUAUCUGCAUCGUGGAAUCCAACUGUAAGAUGCCCGCUCCUGUUUGCCAGAUGGACGUCGGCUCUCUAUUGUGUGGUCCAUACCAGAUAACAGGGGAUGAAUGGAACGACGCCAGGAUGAAAGGCGGGGAUCUCAUGGGAUCUUGGAGAAAGUGCACAGCUGAUAUGGGAUGCAGUGGGGAGACGAUACAGGGCUACAUGGCUCGUUUCGCUGUCAUUAGUCGCCUUGAACACGAACCAACUUGUGAGGAUUUUGCCCGCAUACACAACGGCGGUCCAAAUGGUUAUAAUAGGACCUCUACAUUGAAAUACUGGUCCAGAGUCAAGGAAUGUCUCAAUUAAAGUCCAGUUGAAAUAUUAAUGUUUCUUCUCACCUGAAUUAGGCUUACAUAGUGUGAAUGAUGCAAUAUCUUAGUUACGUUAUUCCUUUUGAAUCCCAACUGCUAUACAUUUAGUAGACAAGUACAUUCACAGACCCAAGAACGUUGCCCCCCCCCCCUUUUUGGUAAUUAAUCAUCUUUUUCUGCUUGUUAGAAAUUCAGGAGUUAAAAGGCAUCAAAAUUGUGAUCGGGAUGUCAACAAAUAUUGAGGGAUCCUAAUUCUACCACUGUUCUAAACCCAUCAAUUCUUGAAUUUCUUGGCUAUUCGGUGGACCGUAACUUUCUGUCGGUUUUGUCAGUGUGACUGCAGUAUGAGGCUUUAUUUAUUCAUGAAGGCCUGUUAAGAAAGCCAAGAGUAUAAUUUAAAAUUUUCUAUUCGAUCUUUAUAGAGUUCGCUCUUAGCGUGUAGUUCACGAUGACUAAUUAAGUAUGUAGCAAUAGCAUGUCAUACUUGAUGCAUUCAAUUAUUAUAGCCAGGUUAUUUCUUUGUCUUUUGUUUCGCUAAUUCAUGCAAUGAUACGAUUUACUUUUCUUGAGUUAUAUAAAGUAUUGUUGAUUUUUGUUUUAAAUGUUGUAUGUUUAAACUGAAUUGAAGAA